CAUCGAUUCUUCAAUACCUUGUCCAUCACCAUCCUCAACAAGCUUCACUACAAGCUAUUUGACUCCCUCAUUCUUUUCAGCUUUGAUUUGCUCCAUUCCCAGUUAGGCUUUGCUCGAAAAAGUAGUUUGUUGAAGUGAACAGCAUCAUCCCUUCUUAAUUUUUCUCUGCCCUUUCUAUUGGAUCCUUCAACUAAAGCUCAAAAAUCUUCAAGGUAAACUAAAAAACUAUUGCAUACCAUGCAUUUAAUUAUUUAUUUAUUUUAUUCAAUUUUAUUUUAUUCCAACUCUAAAUAUUUGAAAUUUAUAGAAAAAUUUUAGUGGGUCUUCAUCAAAAGUGCCAGAAUAGAUAAAUUGUGAAGUGAAAAACCUACAUGUGUUAGUUUCUUAACUAGUAAAAUAAAAGAAUAAAUUAAGUCUUUACUGUUUUUAAGCUUGGGUUUUAAGAUGUCAUCGACAAUGCAUGGAUGAUGAAAAGCUAAGAUGUCCUUGUAAUCAUCGUAAAUGCCGGAAUAGAAAUAUCUUAGAUGAAAUUAGUGUUAUGGUACAUCUUGGAAGACACGGUUUUGUACCGAAUUAUUAUUGUUGGUAUCACCAUGGUGAAAGUUAUAUUCCAUAUCCAGGAGUAUGUAAUGUUAAUCAAGAAGAAAUAGUUGGUGAAACUGUACAACAAGAAACUCAUAAUCCCCAAUCUCAUAACUCAUUUCAAUCUAUGGUUUUUGAUGUUGUUGAGCCAUCUUAUGAUCGGAACUUAGAAGAGGACCCGAAUCCAACAACUCAACAUCUUUAUAAUAUGCUCAAAGCAUCAGAACAGGAAUGGGUGGGAAACCCACACGGACAUUCGCAGUUGUCUGCCGUUGCUAGACCGUUGAAUUUAAAUGCAGAACAUCAUUUUUCUGAAAGGUGUUAUGAUGACUUGUGUCAAUUUUUAUCAGAAUUGAUGCCCGCUGAUAACAUAAUGACAGAUUGCUUUUAUAGUACAAAAAAGCUAAUGCGAGGCUUGGGCUUGCCAGUAGAAAAGAUUGAUUGUUGCAACAAUGGUUGUAUGAUUUAUUGGCGUGAAGAUAAUGAACUUGAUAAUUGCAAGUUUUGUAGCCAUCCUCGGUUUAAGAGAUCAAAACUUAGACGUACCGAGCAAAAAACUAAUAUUUCCUAUAAGAAGAUGUAUUAUUUUCCUUUAACUCCUUGUCUUCAAAGGUUGUAUGCAUCUAAUUCUACGGCUAAACAUAUGAGAUGGCAUUUUGAGCAUGAAAAAGAUGGUGUAAUGCGUCAUUGCUCAGACUCUCCUGCUUGGAAACAUUUUGAUGUGCCAUAUCCACAUUUUGCAUCUGAAGUAAGAAAUGUCAGAUUGGGUUUGUGCACGGAUGGGUUUAACCCAUUUGGUCAAUCAGGACAACAAUAUUCUUCUUGGCAUGUGAUAAUUACACCAUAUAAUUUGCCACCGGGAAUGUGUAUGAAAGAUGAAUACAUGUUUUUAUCAGUGAUUAUACCUGGUCCAAAAAAUCCUAAACAGAAUAUUGAUAUCUUCUUACAACCUCUCAUUGAUGAGUUGAACUGUUUUGGACUCAAGAAAGUCACAGAACUUGGUGGUUGAACACUUCCCAUGGGUUUUUAUCUUUUGCACUUGCAUGCAUUUAUGAAGUCUGAUAUAACCAUUUGCAUUUGUAAUUUUUCUAACUUAUAUGCCAGAAAAACUAAAAUAGCUCUUUCGCGAAAUUCUAUAAUUUGUUUGAAAUUUCGCUGACAACAAACUAUAAAGUGAUAUUG